CAGCUGGGUAGUGGGAUCAGAGAGAUACGGCAACAGCAUAGCAGCACAGAAACAAAAAGAUAACAAGCAUCAUAUAGUGAAGGACAAUGGACAGCAAAGUUACUCUCACCAUCCUCACUCUCUUUGUGCUUUACAUGGCUUCCACACAAGCUGCAUCAAUUGGAAGAACAGGAACGAACUUGCGAUGUCAGUGUAUCAAAACACACUCAAAGUUCAUCCAUCCGAACCACAUACAGAAAACCGAAAUUAUUGCAAGUGGGCCCCACUGUGAGAAUGUAGAGAUCAUUGUCACUCUCAAACGUGGCCGACUCUGUCUGAAUCCAAAUGAAACCUGGGUGAAGAGGAUCAUUGCCAAGUUCCAAGGAAACAGAUGAAGUUCAGUGAAGAAAAGCUCAAUGUCUUAAAAACAAGGCCCCGACGACUAUAAGCUUAGGAAUUCACAUCCAAUUCAGCCUCUUCUACCUUUCAGCAACCCAUAACUUAUGAUUAAUUUACAUUGUAUUGCGAAGUUUAGAUCUAUUGUAUCAGUUAAUAUAAAAGUAUUUUCAGGUGAGCAUUACAUGUACAUUCAUCUCUUUGCAUUUUAUCGCCUGUAUCAAAGGUAACAUAAUUGGCAGUGGCUGAGAGAUAGAAUGAAGGCUGGUUCUGAUUUCCGGAUUGGAUAAUAGAAUCUAAAGUAUUUCAUUAAGCAAUCAGAAUACCACGUUCUAAGAGUUACUGCCAUGUCAUCUUGUUAUAAGGUUUAGUUUCUCAUUACAAGGCCCUGAAACCUCAUGGGAUUUUUAACCAGUUUCCUGUAGUAACUUUGACUGGAGUCCAUCCUGGUUAUAUAAUAUCUUCAUUGAUCUUGCAACAGAGAAGGGAAAUUAUCCCCAGAAUUUCAGGACCUAAAUGUGCUGUGUUGCAAUUCCAUUCUAUGCCACUGUACAUUUUUAAUAUUUAUGCUGUUAUUUUAUAUUCAUGUAUUUUCUAUUACAAUAAAAUAUAAUUUCAUAUUGAAAGCA